CUGUGGCCCGUUAUUCCAAAGGGAGGACUUGGGUGACGGGGGAGGGGCGCGGUUGGUGUAGGAGGGCGGACAGAGAAUGGGAAGUGAUGGACUUUGAUUGUCUUUGGACAGGUGGCCAUGGCCUCACGGCCCACUCGGGGCCCCGGGGGCCCUGACUUAUUUUCCGGGCUGCCGCCAGCGGUCACAACUGCGGCCAACCAGAGCGCAGAGGCGUCGGUGGGCAACGGGUCGGCGGCCGGCCCCGACGCUCAGGCCCUCACGCCCUUCCAGAGCCUGCAGCUGGUGCACCAGCUGAAGGGGCUGAUCGUGCUGCUCUACAGCGUCGUGGUGGUCGUGGGGCUGGUGGGCAACUGCCUGCUGGUGCUGGUGAUCGCCCGGGUGCGCCGGCUGCACAACGUGACCAACUUCCUCAUCGGCAACCUGGCCUUGUCCGACGUGCUGAUGUGCGCCGCCUGCGUGCCGCUCACGCUGGCCUACGCCUUCGAGCCGCGCGGGUGGGUGUUCGGCGGCGGCCUGUGCCACCUGGUCUUCUUCCUGCAGCCGGUCACCGUGUACGUGUCGGUGUUCACGCUCACCACCAUCGCCGUGGACCGCUACGUCGUGCUGGUGCACCCGCUGCGCCGGCGCAUCUCGCUGCGCCUCAGCGCCUACGCCGUGCUGGCCAUCUGGGCGCUGUCCGCGGGGCUGGCGCUGCCCGCCGCCCUGCACACCUACCACGUCGAGCUCAGGCCGCACGGCGUGCACCUCUGCGAGGAGUUCUGGGGCUCCCAGGAGCGCCAGCGCCAGCUCUACGCCUGGGGGCUGCUGCUCUUCACCUACCUGCUCCCUCUGCUGGUCAUCCUCCUGUCCUACGUCCGCGUGUCGGUCAAGCUGCGGAACCGCGUGGUGCCCGGCUGCGUGACCCAGAGCCAGGCCGACUGGGACCGGGCGCGGCGCCGCCGCACCUUCUGCUUGCUGGUGGUGGUCGUGGUGGUGUUCGGCGUCUGCUGGCUGCCGCUGCACGUCUUCAACCUGCUGCGGGACCUCGACCCGCGCGCCAUCGACCCCUACGCCUUCGGGCUGGUGCAGCUGCUCUGCCACUGGCUAGCCAUGAGCUCGGCCUGCUACAACCCCUUCAUCUACGCCUGGCUGCACGACAGCUUCCGCGAGGAGCUGCGCAAGCUACUGCUCGCUUGGCCCCGCAAGAUCGUGCCGCACGGCCAGAGCGUGACUGUCAGCGUGGUCAUCUGAUGCCCCUGAGCCAGGCCUUGGCUCCAUGUCCACUGGCCUCCGCGCGUGCCACCCGAGGUCGGACUGGAGAGCAGGUUCCCAGCGCCAGAGCUAAGCCAACACGGGGCAAAAUUCUCAGCCCAGCCUCUUGUCCAGCUGUCUACCUUGUCUUGUGUGUUUGUACAAUGUUAAGUGGGCUUUGCUGAGCGUCUUGUUCU